GCAGCGGCGGCGGCGGCUGGAGGAGCGAGGAGCCAUGCAGCGCUGUACGCCGGGGCCCCGGCCGCAGAGCAGGCGGAGCGGGGGCGCCCUCACCACCCUCCUGCUGACAGCUUUUUUGUUAAGCUCUGCUGAAGGGAUAAAUGGAACAAUUAACUGGAAGACUAAGCAACCCAACAGUUAUAUUAUCAGCAGAAUAAGGGCUGCUGAAAAGAAUGGUGAGAUAAGUAAUGAUCCUAUAACAUUUAACACCAACUUAAUGGGUUACCCUGACAGACCUGGAUGGCUACGCUACAUUCAGAGGACACCAUACAGUGAUGGAGUGCUGUAUGGAUCACCAACUAUAGAAAAUGUGGGCAAACCAACCAUCAUUGAGAUCACUGCUUAUAACAGGCGCACCUUUGAGACUGCAAGACAUAACUUGAUUAUUAAUAUAAUGUCAGCAGAAGAUUUUCCUUUACCAUAUCAAGCGGAGUUCUUCAUAAAGAACAUGAAUGUAGAAGAAAUGUUAGCAAGUGAGGUUCUUGGAGAUUUUCUUGGAGCAGUGAAAAAUGUUUGGCAACCAGAGCGUUUGAAUGCUAUAAACAUCACCUCAGCGCUAGACAGGGGAGGCAGAGUUCCACUUCCUAUUAAUGAUAUGAAAGAGGGUGUCUAUGUUAUGGUUGGUGCAGAUGUUCCGUUCUCCUCAUGCUUACGAGAAGUGGAAAAUCCACAAAAUCAGCUGAGAUGCAGCCAAGAAAUGGAACCUGUAAUAACUUGUGAUAAAAAAUUUCGUACUCAGUUCAGUAUUGAUUGGUGUAAAAUCUCUUUGGUUGAUAAAACAAAACAAGUUUCCACCUAUCAGGAUGUGAUCCGAGGAGAGGGAAUAUUACCUGAUGGUGGAGAAUAUAAACCACCGCCUGAUACACUGAAAAGCAGAGACUAUUACUCGGAUUUCCUAAUUACACUGGCAGUGCCCUCAGCAGUAGCACUGGUGCUUUUUCUAAUACUUGCUUAUAUCAUGUGCUGCCGACGGGAAGGAGUGGAAAAGAGAAACAUGCAAACACCAGAUCUAAUUCAUAUAUGUGAAAGCUGCUAUAAAACAGAGAGGUGUGGCAAGGCUAGCAGCAUCCAGUUGGUCCACCACAGUGCUAUACAGAAAUCCACCAAAGAGCUUCGUGAGAUGUCCAAAAAUAGAGAGAUAGCAUGGCCUCUUUCAACACUUCCUGUGUUUCACCCAGUUACUGGUGAGAUUGUACCACCUCUUCACACAGACAGCUAUGAUAAUACUAGCAUGCCACUAAUGCAAACACAGCAGAACCUGCCACAUCAGACUCAGAUUCCACAGCAGCAAACUGCAGUAGGCCUAAACUCUCGCAAGUGGCCAGCAGAAAUUUCAUCUGGGCCUGCACCUGGGACCGGGACUUGCCCUUGAGCAGCCAGUCAUCCAGAAAUGGGUGUCAAGGAGGCCGGGGUUCGCCAAAGCAAAGUUGAUAUGUUGGCCACCCCCUGGUGGAGAGGCAAGACCACAUGUCCUGGUGCUGAGAAGGACAACACAUUGAACAAGGUGUCCGACGGUUCCUCCAUCUCCUCAGCCUGAAGCUGGAGGUUCGAAGCCACCCGCCUAAGGAGCUCUUGGUGAGCCUUGAAAUCUUCCUGCAGGGCGGGUGGUGGCACCGCUAUGGAUUCCUCCAGUGCCGGUGAUGGGACCGGCUCUGCCCCCAGGAUGUCGGGCGGUACCAGUGGUUCAACCCCCAGGUCCGAGUCUGGGUGCGGUGCCACUGGUUUGAUACCAGUUGACUUUUCCCGGUGCCGAGGCGGGGACGUAGAGUGUACCUGUGAUGCUCCAGUCACUGAAUGGGGUCUCACCGGUGCAGGUACUUGGGGCCACGGUGCCCACCGACACCACUGCCCUUGCCAAGGCACACCUUACCACUGACCUGCUUGGGGACCGAGUGGAGCCGCUUGAUCAUGGGGGGCGGCACGGCCUGGGGAUAGGCAGCUGGGUGCCAAAGCUGCUAAGGAAUGCACAGUGCCAUACGAGCGUCGGGAGCGUCCACGGCCGUGUCAGUGCCGACCUUGAGAUUUAGACCUCAACGACAAAGAAGUGUACCAGCUGGAGGUGCCACUUCUAGAUUCCUCCCGGUGAUCAUGACUACGACGCCUGGGUGCCGAUGAUGGUUGAGAAGCCUUCCGAGCAUGAUGUCUAUCGGAGCGAAUACUCGAGUCUGAGCGUCGGUGCCGAUGGCAUCGGGACCUGCUCCUAUAGCUUUGAUGGGAAGAGGAGCGUCAACGUCUCUUGUCUCGGUGCCUGCAACCUCUGUGGGUAGCGAAGGAACCUCGAGACUCCCUCUCAGGCGAAUCGGCCAAUGGAGUGGAAGUCUGGUGCGGGCUCCGGGUUGGCCCCUCGGAACGGAUAGGUACCUCAUCCUCAGAGCAGGGCUAUGUUGGACCAGGGAGGGUUGGUGAGCUCCCAGCGGUGGCCUCCCUCGGGAUAGGGGGUCCGUCUCAGGCGGCGCGCCAAGCACUGGAAGGGCGAGGAUGUCAUGCGCUGCCUGUGCUGCCUCCGGCGUCGACGGCAUUCUUACUGCAGGAGAGGCACGUGCAGACGGGACCGGACUACUCCGCUCAACGCAAAUCAGAGGUCUGGUUCCUGAGGGGGAUUGUGAACUGCCCAGCACGGGUCCAGCCUCACCCCUGUCCUUCUCUCGGUGCCACUGAGUCUUCCCUUGCUUCUUGGUGGGGGAGCGAUGCCGACUGGUGGAUGAAGCCUUGUACCGUACCAAUGACGCGGUGCCCGGUGACGAGUCAGGUCAGCGUGCCGGGACCAAUGCCGACUCCAUUAGCAGGGCCCGGAGUCGUAUCUCUCUUUCACGCUUCGUUCGAGGUUUGAACGAUCUGCAAAUUUUACAACGCUCACUCACGUGAGUCUCACCAAGACAGCGAAGACACUGAGAGUGUGGGUUGCUCCUGGGCAUAGAACUGUGACAGGAGUUGCACAACUUGAAGCCUGGGCCACAGGGCAUGCCCCGAGCCAGGCAACUAACUAGAAUAACAAUCUAUGAGAAGAGUUGUACUACUAAGGCUAGAAGCGCUACAGCAGAGCUGGAGCACGAAGUUCCAACUACCUUCACUGGCGGCAAGAAGGAACUGAGGGUGGGGGGAGUGCGCAGCUCUCCUUAUAGCAUGAUAUAAAGGCACCAUUCUAGGGGUUGCAGUGGUGCUCCCCCACUACGGGUACUGCUAAGGGAAAAACUUCUGGCACUGGUGCACAUGGUGAGCAUGCACACCUACUGUGGAAUACACCUGAGCAAUCACUCGAAGAACUGUCCUUUUUCACCAACUAUUUGAAUACCCACUAAAAUUUUUUUCCACUGUAUGUGUUAGCUCAUGAGGACUUCUAAAAGUAUGACAACUAGACUAAUUUUUGCUGACACUGAUGUACUUUCAACAGAAGGUGGGAUUGUGCCAAGAUAAAAACAAUUGAGGAGAGAAAACUAGGGCUGUCAAGCGAUUAAAAAAAUUAAUUGUGAUUAAGCACACUGUUAAACAAUAAUAGAAUACCAUUUAAAUAUUUUUGGAUG